GAAUUACAAAAUUGCCGAAGCAGCAGGCCUUUAAGGCGAGCCUCGGAUACGUUGCUAAGAGUGGAUUCCCCAUCUACAUCAGUAUCGUCAGAAGGUUCGGUGGAAAGUCAAUCAAUGCUCCACAGCGUCGCGUUAAUCGACGCAAGAAACAUGAUGGACCGGAGUCGGCAUGGAGGAACUUUUAGAAGACUUGGCUCUAACGAAAGACUACGCUCUCAGAUUCCUCGAGGAGGAACAAAAGGCAAAUCGAAGCGAGCUGUGCAGAGGAAAGGUAUCAAAGAAAAACCUUUUGAGUUUGCUCUUCUAAAUUCCAAGGAAGAUGAUACAGAAGAUGAUUUUUUGAAGAAAGAGAUGGUCGUAGAAAGGGGCAUGUUUACACUCAGUGAACAAGACUGCGAAGCGCAGGUCAGAGAAAAGAUCGCAUCAACCUUGAAAGAAAAAUACAGUGUUAUUGGACCCAACGAUUUUGAAUUCGUGAAAGCAACUCAAAAAAGAAUCAGUGUCCUGCAUCUAAGCAAAAAAACCGAGUAUAGUUACGAUGUAGUGAAGAAAUUGGUUUGCCAGUGUCUGUUGUAGAUCAAGAUUCAAGUGGGCUUUGAAUUCGUGGUAAACAAAAACCAUGCAUCCAAUUCUGACUCUGAGCUGCUGCAAGUUGGAGCCCAGGAGACUAGCACCGUCCCCAGCAACUCUAAUGGAACUUCUGGCAUAGUCCCUGGCACCUCUGAUGGAACUUCUGGCAUUGUCCCUGGCACCUCCAAUGGAACUUCUGGUAUUGUCCUUGACACCUCUGAUGGCAAUUCUGGUAUUGUCCCUGGCAACUCUAAUGGCAGUUCUGGCAUUGUUCCCAAUGUCUCUAAUGGAACUUCUGGCAUCGUCCCCAGCACCUCCAAUGGAACUUCUGGUAUUGUCCUCAGCACCUCUAAUGGUAAUUCUGGUAUUGUCCCUCACGGCUUAGCAGACAACCCUGGCAUCUCUGCUCUCCAUAACAGCCAUGUACAACAAGAGGAGGAGCAGAAAACAGAAAGUCCAUAUGAAUUCUUUAGCCGAGUUGUAAAUGAGUUCCCAGAAGACAUAAUGGAACCAACUGAGAUGCUUAGAUAUCUGCAGAAGAAAAUUGUUUCUGGAAGACCACUAGAGGUAACCAAUUCAUCACGAAUCCUAGAAGGAGAGACCAAUUUUAUAACUGUAGAUAGAAAUAAUAUUCUGGAAACUACAUUUGAGGAACUAAAGCAUGUAGCUGAUCCUAGGGUCACCUUUGAAGUUCAGUUUUAUGGUGAGCAAGCUGUUGAUAGUGGUGGGCCUCGCAAGGAAUGGAUCAGACUAUGCAAUCAAAAGAUUAAAGACAUUUACUUUGAUAAUGGCCUCAAAGAGCACAUGUCUGAAGAUUACUAUUACAUUGGUCAAAUGGUCUGUAUUGCCCUGCUUCAAAAUGGCCAGUUGCCUGUGUACAGACCUGAAGAAAUACUGCAGGCAAUUUUUGUUGAAGAUCUGGAACUGCCUUCUUGUGUCAGGGAGCUCAAAGGUGGAAUGGAUACUUUAGGAAUUCCCAUGUUUGGAAGGAAAUUUCCUAUGCUUCUUUAUCUUCUGACAUGACAACUCCAUAGCGGAUUAAACGUGAACCUCAAAAAUUGAGGUUGUUAAGUAUUCAUAUAUUCAGGCUAUUGUUCUUUGUCAUUACUUAUUCAUUCCGAUGAGUUUGCCGACAUGCCGGCAUGCUUCCGAAGAUCGUGAAGAGCGCAACUUCUUUGAUGUAGGUGAGAUAUUUUUCUUUUGUUAAAAGAUGAAAUAAACUCUCCUGGGAAUCUGCUUGCAAUUGCGUUGUCCGAUUUGCUGACAACUUUCGCUUUUGUCCAAAUUCCUAACUGAUCGACAGCUUCGACAGAAUUGCCAACACUAAACUCCAUCGCGACAAUAAACAACACGGUCAGAUCACAACAAGUUCAUUCGAACAAGACGAAAGUUGUGAAAGAAUGAACCGCCAGCGUGCGAACACGAGCACUAUUUAUGACACGCAAUAUUUACAUAAUAAAGAAGUAGUUUAAUUCAAGUGCACUCAUUCGGAUCAAAACAAAACGAUCAGCGCUCGAAAUGAUAAACUAUUUUCGCUUUUGCUCUUCGCAGUGAUUACAACAACUCGUCCAAGAUCCAUUUUUUAAUCCUAAAAACAUAUUAAGGCUAAAAAUACACCGUGAAUAGAAACUAAAUCCAUUCAAAUGAUUGCAGUUUAUCGAUCUCGAGUUCAUUCAUCUCAAGACAAUGUAAACAAAAGGAUACAAGAUCACAAGUCUGUUCGCGCAAGGUAGCUUAAUUACACUAUUGUCCAAGUCUUUUGAAGUACCUUCCGCAGUUCCUUUGGUCUUCUUCCAAAAUAUCUCACCUUUUUCGAAACGAAUAAAACCGAAAUCAUUCGACACGUUUUCGGCAGCCACCGAAAGCAAUGCCCAAAGGAAUAAAUCGAGCCUUCGAGGUAAAAAGUCCAGCGGUGUCACCCAUUUCAGUAAGUCACAAAUAAUCCGGGCUGGAGUCGUAAUGGAGGCCAUCUAGCAUUAUCAGUUUAUCAGUUCGACGUCUUUUGUUCUUGUUGAAACCAGAAUUCUCAGAGGAAGGAUCCAACAUGCUCAUUCAUGAAACAGCUAUUUAUAGCAAAUUUGUGAAAUAUGUUAGAGAUGUGUCAAGUGGCUGCAGAGUUGUCACCCUUGGAAACAUCCUUGAAUUUGUCACUGGAACAAGUGAAGAACCACCCCUUGGUUUUGCAAAGACACCACAAAUUCACUUUCCAGUAGCUGAAGUGAAAGAGCCCAUGACUACAGAUGAGGUAAUAUAUAAGCAUUAGGUACAGGUUUGGGUAGUUUUUGAAAAGUUUUUUUACAUAGGAUUGCAAAUAUAGCAGGUAAAAUGUGCAAAACUGGGUGUGGUGAUGAAAGCAUUUAACAUAAUUUAAGUUACACUGACUUGUAAAAGCCAAUAUUAGCAGUCAACAUGCCUUGGAACACACUCCAAACAAAUCCAUUUCUUGUGUUGAAGGAAACUUUUAUAUAUUAUUUUAUCUUAUUAUACAUACAGAACAUCUGUGUAUAAGUUACUAAUAAUCAUGAUUGUCACUUUCCGAUUGAUCUCUUUGUACUACUUACUUGUACAUGGUUACAGCUAUCACAAACGAUUUUCUUUUUGCACUAGGGAACUGGGCAAUCAGAAGAACCACCUCAAAAGAAAAAACCCAUUUGGCAUUUCGUGCCAACUUGUCAUACCUGUUCAAACACAUUGGAUUUGACUAGAGAAAAUGCAGUUUUACACCUCCCAUCAGAUAAUGAACCGUUCAAACUGUAUGACCUAGCUUUCAAGAAUAGCUAUUUCGGUGUUAUGUAG